AUGGCAUACGUACCUGUGAUCUCAGAUCAGGCUCAUCGGAUAGCACGCAUCGUCGUGUUCGAAUCCGGUCUAGAUAUAGAGGACGAUGGGAUAGAGUUUGGAAUCGAGGAACUUGUGUCCUUGGGGCCAUUACCCAAUUUGGAGUACUUCAGUCUCGGCACGAUCGAAAUAUGUGGGCUGAAUACCCCAGGUCUAGAUCAAGUCACAUUCCUCCGCGAAGCGAUGACUGGAGAGGACUUCGAAGAAACAAUCAGGCAUUUCUCCAAGAAUGCAUCCAUCACAAUCGAUGAAGAUGCUAUUUUCAACAUGGCUGACAAAUUACAUCCAUGGAGAAUGGCUACAACACUACAAAUCGAGUCGGUUUUGAUCCAGGAACUUUCAUCAUACCCCUACAAUAAGAAAAGCUACCUAGAUGGGAUCGAUGACAUGGUCUUCGCACGACUGAAAGAGAUUAGCGUAUUGAGUCUCACUCCCUUGUUUGUCUACGACAUCAUUCUCCGCAGCCACAACAUUGUCGAGCUGUCCUUGGAGAUGUCAUGGAAGAAGCUCUCAUUCAUCCUGCCCAACGUUCACCUCUGGAAGGUGUUACGCAGCCUUACUCUGUCAGUCAACGUGUCCGAAGAUCCCAAUUAUGUUCUCAAGCUCCCCGUGCACCCUUCUAUGUCCCAAUUAACCGAGUUGACGAUUGAUUUCCGUGGAGAAAAGAGGAGAUCACCACCAGCCUGGCUUACCAUGAACAUUCGCACCUUAUUUCAAUUGUGCAUAUCUACCUUCCCACAGGUAUAUACUUUGAGGAUCAGCUACGCAUCCACGGGCGAGUGGGAACACUACGUAUCAUCACUCGUUAGACUCCGACGUCUCUUCCUACGCGUCUCCUCACGCGAGCCUACCUGGCGAGUGUUCUCACUCUCACUAGAAUAUCUUUUUCUAUCACUCGAUAUUUCGGUCAAGUUUCUCCCCGAAAGUGCUAUUUACGGCAACCCGAGCCUUGGAAAGAAAAUUCCCGAACUCGGCUACCUUUAA